UUGUGGAAAAGAUUGCUACUGAUGUUUAUGAGAAAAUUUUUCCAAAAGAACGAAUCGGAAUCUACUCAAGGAUGCUUCAGGAUAUAGGCAACUUGCUUUGCAAUCAACAAUGGGGGGUCAAAAGCAUAGGCUUUUGGGGUAUGCCAGGCAUAGGAAAGACAGAGCUUGCUAAAGCUGUCUUUGACCAAAUGUCUAGUGACUAUGAAGUAACUUGCUUCCUCCAUAACUUUCAUGAAACUUUUGAAACGAAGGGACUUUACAGUUUGCUGCAGGAACAUUUCAAGAACCUCACAAAUCAAAACGUUCCAAAAAGAGUUCUUCUUGUUCUUGAUGAUGUAAGGAAUCAUCUAUACGCAGAGUCUUUACUUGCCGAGCUUCCCUCGCUUAGUCCUGGAAGUCUGAUCAUCAUAACCUCCAGAGAUGAGCAAGUCCUUUCUCAGUAUCAAGUCAACCAAACUUACAAAGUUGAAGGAUUAAACAAGAACGAGGCUAUGCAGCUAUUUUCCCGAUGUGCCUUUGAAAAAGAUGUGAAACAGACUAAUCUUCUUAAAGGUAUUUCUAUGAAGGUGAUCGAAUACGCUGAUGGAAACCCUUUAGCUCUAAGAGUAUACGGAAAAGAGAUGUCAUCACAGGAGCAACUAAGUCAAAAGGAGACUUUGUUCCUCAAGCUCAAGCAAGAUCCUCCGCAUCAGAUUAUGGAAGUAGUCAAGAGUAGCUACCAUGCACUUAGUGACAACGAGAAGAACAUACUUGUGUAUAUUGCUUUUUGCUUCACAGGAAAACAUGUUGAAGAUGUGUCGAAACUACUACAAGACCUUGGUUUCUUCCCAGAGAUCGGGAUCGACCGGCUUGUUGCCAAGUCUCUGGUGACUAUUUCAGAAAACAAGUUGGAAAUGCAUAACAUGAUUCAGGCGGUAAUCAAGAAAAUAGGGAGGUGCAGUGAAGACCCCAACACAAGUUUCAAAUGUGUAUUGGGCACUACCGACAUCGAAGCCAUAUCUCUGGAUGCCUCUAACUUAAACCCGGACGUCCAACUUUCUUUAUUCAGAUCUAUGUACAACCUUAGAUACCUGAAUAUUUACUAUUCCAAUCCUGGAAAACAUGGCAAGGCCCUUGAGUCUCUCUCUCUGCCUUAUGGGCUUGGAUUUCUACAUUGGGAAACUUACCCUUUGAAAUCUUUACCACAAGAUUUUGAUCCAAGCAACCUUGUUGAACUCAACAUGCCUUACAGUCAACUCCAAACUCUUUGGGGAGGAACCAAAAACCUUAAGAUGCUGAAGAGGAUCAACCUUAGACAUUCUCAGAAACUGCUUGAAGUUGAUGAACUUUCAGAAGCUCUAAACAUCGAGGAAGUUGAUCUCUGCGGCUGUAGGAACUUGCGGAGGUUCCCAUCCAUUGGUAAUUUGCAUAAGCUCAGAAUUGUUGAUCUCCCCAGUUUCACAGGGAUCGAAAUUUUCCCUGAGUUCCCAUCUAAUGUGGAAUUAAAAUUGGAGGGAUCACUCAUUGAGACCAUGUCCAUGUCCCCUCCAGCUUCACCGAUCGGAGUCAAGAGCUUAUGCGAGUUCCUAGACAAUCCGACAAAACCUUUGAACUUCGAGCGUCAUGGUCCCCAUAUCUUAGAUAUUCUGAGACCAGGAAGCUUCUACAAUAACCAAAAAAGGAUAACAAAUCCAGAUAUGGUGGAAACACAACCUGAAUUUAAAGAUAUAAUGUGUGAAACAGCAAUCUCGAUGAGCCAAUGGGUGUUUAAAAAACUAAAUAGUUUUCGAAAAGUGGAUUAAUUUCUAAAUGCACAAGAAGGAUACCGGCUUCAGUAUAUAAAUAAAAGUCUUUUCACGGUUCCUUGUCAAUGUAUGACUAUAAACAUUGUUCUGUUUUAGUGUGUUCAGUGGGCUUAUGUUUAUGUUGUUGUUAUAACUCUACUCAUCACAUGUUUUAUUUGAGUGUUUGUUUUUCCA